AUUAUUUUCUGCAGAUUGCAUCGUGUUGGUAAAAUCCACUACAUAUUCUAGUAUCUGCAAUUUGUCUCUCAACCCUUGUAAUUGAGGAAGCCCAAGUUCUGAACCAGCUGAUUGGAUCGUUUUUGGUGUUUCUAUUCCAUAUUCUGCACUUUGCAUUCUCAACCUCCUUCAAAAACACUCGAAUUGAUCACGAAACAAUAUAUAGUUGCAUGCCGAGAAGGUUAUUGAAGUGUCAUGCCCCUUGCACACACACCCACUCUCAUUCUGCAUUAGGUAAAAAUUCUUUAAUCAUAGCUCCAAAGCGAAAGAUCUUCAAAAAGCGACGUUCUCCGUAUUUGCUCAGAUCUAGAGCCAUGUCCAAAGAAAAUACUGCUACUAAUUCGGAAAAAUCAACUGUUGAUGAAAGGGUUGAUAAACUAGAGGCUACAAUGCAAGCUAUGGCUACGACUCUUCAAGCCAUCAGUCUCACUUUGUCAAAUCUGACCACUAGUUUUGUUUCUUCAUCUGCAGCCUUGGUGCCUACAACGCCUGCCUCAUCUGUUCUUAUUCCAUCAUCUACCAUUGCACUGGGUGAUCGUGCUAAGGCUCCUAUGGUCACACACUUACAGUUUCCUCCUAUUUAUGAGAACCAACCUUUAGUGGGGGAGUCAUCUUCACAUGCACCACAAAUGUCACCUGUACUUGUGGAAACCUCACACCUACCACUCAAGAUGAACAACCCUAUCUUGCCCACAACUACACCCCUUACCUUUAACAUGCCACCUGUGAUGGGACAAGUGCCAGCUACUCAACCCACCCCCUCGGUUGAGAUGAUGAGGCCUGUUUUAGAGGACAGGAGCUCAAGGGAGGUAGAUCACAAGUUGCAACAAUUAGAGGAGGCUUUGAAGGCGAUGCAAGGGCCACAGUCUUAUGGUUCUAUUGAUUUAGAUGAUCUCUGCUACUAUCCAGGAAUCCGGACAAAUUUCAAGUUCAAACAACCGGAUUUUGAGGCUCAGGUUGUCCUUAUGCUCACUUGCAGAUGUACACCAAGAAAAUGUCACCUUAUGCUAAUGAUGAGAAGGUGCUCAUUCAUUACUUUCAAGACAGUCUGUCAGAGAGUCACCAAGAAGGGCAAUGAGACUUUCAAGGAGUUUGCUCAACAAUGGAGAUCUGAAGCAGCUAAAGUCAUCCCACCUCUCACUGACAGUGAAAUCUGCUCUCUCUUUCUCAAGUCGACUACCGAGACCUUCCGUGCAUGUGCAGGAUCUACCUUAAAGAAGUUUACACCCGAAGGAAAGAAAGAAGAUGAAGAAGCUUUCAAUCAUAUUUCCACUUGUCAUGCAAAACCAGUUUAUAAUGUGGCAAAGAUUCCUUAUAAUCGGCAGCCUCAAUUGCAAUACGCUCCAGCCUUUAAGCCUACCACCCAUCCUCAGAGGAGACCAAACUUUAAUACUCAAGCUCCGACUAGGCAACAAUUCCCAUCGACUAAUAGGCCAAGGCAAUUCACCAAGCUUCCAAUCCCUUACAAUGAGCUUAAAGCUAAGGAAGCUGAGAGCACUCCGAACAUCACUCAAAAUCCUUUACCCCCUCAUGAUGCAGGCACAAUGAAUAUGGUCGCCCUUGAUGAAGUUGAAAAGCCCGUGUUGGAUAAUGCCAAUUUUUGGUCUUUUGAUGAAUUUUUUGCCAUUUUGACAAAGUAUGAUUUGAUUCAACCGAUUGCGCAAAUGAGUUUGAAUGUUUCACCUACGAUGAUUGAUGAUACCUUGGUGUGUCCUUACCACUCCAAUACAAAGGGGCAUACUUUGCAAGAUUGUGAAGAUUUUCAGAAAAGGGUUAAGGAGUUGCAAGCAAUGAGAUCUUUGAAGUUUAUGUCUGCUCAAGAGUCAGAAAAAUGCAUUGCACAGUUUGAGGAAGUGGCGGUGGAUGAUAUCACUGAUGAAAUCUGUUCUGAUGAUGAGGAAGACUAUUUUGGCUUCAACAACCUCUUUGGGCCAACCAACAUGACAGAUCCUAAGGAGAGGUGGAGGAGAAUGCUCGCUGAAAAGGCGUUCAUGGAGGGGCACCCCAACUUCCAUCUUGUUCAUCAUGCGAAAGCACCAGUGGGUUCACAUGAGUCUAUGCUUCUUGGAACAAGGGAAGAAGAAUCAUUAUGUGACUCAUGGAGAAAUUUGACUAUAAAUGCUUUAGAUGAGGAGGAAUUGGAAUUUGAUAUGGGAGUUUCACUAGUCAAUGGAAGCUUUCGGGCUAAUUGGAUAGCAAAACUUUUCCCUGCAGCUUUCAUCUCUGAGUAAAAGGAGUCAGCCUCUAGUAGUUUUGCUUGUGACUAUGUGAAGGGAGGGAUUCCACAAGCACCUUUAUAUUUUCUGAAAUUUAUGUUAUCAUGCUUCUAGUAUUCCCAUGUCCUUUUCAAUGAAAUAUGUUGCAAUCC